ACUUUCACUGUCUGUUGUUGCUGUGAACCGCGCGGCUCGCAUCAAAAAUAGGCGAGACCUCGAAUCUCUAGAAGAGACGCAGCUAGCAUGCAGCCGAGCCGUGUGUCUCACGCGGGCAGUGUGGCUGCUCUAACCUGUUAACACGGACGCCAACAUAAUAAUAGCCGCCACGCGCUGCUGACGUUCCUGGUGUGGAUGAGGCUUAAGAAUGUCUUGGUAAGCCAAUCAGAGGCAGAAUAGGGCAAGUCAUGCCUUCGCUAUGGGAGGAUUUGUAAUAUCGCAAGACAAACCAAACCCUGGCUGCAGAUAGAGCCCUAGUUCUCGCACACGCUCAGCACACGGGAGAAGUUUCAGUCGGUUGCAAUCUGCAACCUCACCGCUAGAUGCCACCAAAUCCUUCCCACUGCUCCUUUAAUUCAUCCAUCCAUCCAUCCUUUUACCAGGCUGCAGCUGGAGGUGAAGGUGUUUUAUUAAACUGCAGCCGGCUCCACUGUAUUCCUGCUAUUUAUAACCAGCUCUGCUGAUAAUGAAGAGGUGUCGACGCUGAGCCUGAAUCUCAGAUUCCAUCUCUAAAAUCCACUGGAUGUGCACUUUGAGGGAGAUCUCUGCUCUGCUGGCCUGAGGUGACAGACAUGACAAAGAGAACCACAGGAGCUCAUCCACCUGUCUUGUCGGGGAGCGCUUGCUUGGUGUCCUUAGAAUAAACGCCCUCCUCCUCCUCCUCCUCCUCCUCCUCCCCCUCCUCCUCCCCCUCCCCUUCCUCCCAGCUCGCUCCUGUGUGUGAUGAGAUGAGCUGAGCUGCUCGGAGGCGCGCUGACUGUCUGUCGCCUCAUAUUGAGUUUCAGCGCGGCAGCAGUCGGGUUUCUCUCCGGGAGAUCAGGUUGUAAAGUCCCUCCCUCGGUGCUCUCCUCGGUGCUCUCCUCCUGCACAUCACUCCUACACAGAUCCGGACUUCUCACUGGAAGUUUCCCUCCUGGCAGAGCUGGACCACCGGCGGCAUGGAGCCACAUUAGGGGGGGACAGUAUAACAGAGAGGAAGAGGAGAGGAAGAGGAGAGGAGGAAAGCAGGACGAAGGGAAUAAAACAGGAACCAGGACGACGUCCAAGGGAGCCUGGGUGCUACAGUGGAACCUCCUCCUUCUGAGAGCUUUUCUCCUCUGGAUGUUAUGGCUGAAAUGCUGAAUCCGGCGGGCCUGCUGGGUAUGCCCCGGAGCCCCACCUCCAGCGAAGAUGAGAUGGCCCAGAGCUUUUCCGACUACUCCGACGAAUGCGCCUCCGACAGCUCCCGCGAAGAGACCAUCUACGAGACCAUAAGGGCCACCGCCGAGACAUCGCCGAGCCGCAUGGACGACAUUCACACUAACUCGCAGGUCGUCCGCGUCCUCAUCCCUGACCUGCAGCAGACGAAAUGCAUGCGGUUCAACCCGGACGCGACGGUCUGGGUUGCCAAGCAGCGGAUCCUGUGCACACUUAACCAGAGCCUGAAAGAUGUGCUCAACUACGGGCUUUUCCAGCCAGCUAGCGACGGGAGGGACGGCAAGUUCCUGGAUGAAGAGCGCAUCCUUCGAGAGUACCCACAGCCAAUCAGCAAGGGAGUCCCGUCUUUGGAGUUCCGCUACAAGAGCAGAGUCUACAAGCAGCCCAACGUGGACGAGAAACAGAUCGCCAAACUUCAUACAAAGGCAAAUCUGAGGAAGUUCAUGGACCUCAUCCAGCAUAAUCAGGUGGACAAAGUGGCGAAGAUGUUGGAGAGAGGCUUUGAUCCCAACUACCACGAUGGUGACACUGGUGAGAGUCCGCUGACCUUUGCAGCUCACCUGGACAACGUGGUGGAGACGAUCAAGGUACUGAAGAACGGAGGAGCUCACCUGGACUACAGAGCCAAAGACGGCAUGACUGCCCUCCACAAAGCUGCUCGCUCCAAGAACCUCGUCGCACUCACGACACUGCUGGAGCUGGGAGCUUCUCCAGACUACAAGGACAGCCGUGGUCUGACUCCUCUGUACCACAGCGUGGUGGUGGGAGGAGACCCGGGCUGCUGCGAGCUCCUGCUCAACCACCACGCCGUCGUCUGCUGCCAGGACGAGAACGGCUGGCACGAAGUUCACCAGGCUUGCCGUCACGGCCAUGUGCAGCACCUGGAGCAUCUGCUGUUCUACGGAGCAGACAUGAGCGCCCAGAACGCCUCGGGAAACGCUGCUCUCCACAUCUGUGCCCUAUACAACCAGGAUAACUGUGCCAGAGUGCUGCUUGUUCGUGGAGCCGACAAAGAAGUGAAGAACUACAACAGCCAGAGUCCAUUUCAGGUGGCCAUUAUAGCUGGGAACUUUGAGCUCGCUGAGCUCGUCAAGAACCACAAAGAGACAGAUAUAGUGCCUUUCCGUGAGGCUCCAGCCUACUCCAAACGCCGCCGGGGUCCGUCUUCUGGCAACGGCAGCGGAAACGACCAGUCCCCCUCCUCCUUAUCAGCGCCGCGGGUCCUCCUGCGCUCCAACAGCGACAACAACCUAACAGUCAGUCAGUACCAGCAGCAGCAGCAGCAGCAGCAGCAGCACGGUUCUCCUGGAAACUGGGCCCCCCAUCUGCAGCCCCACCCGCACCGGGCCCCCCAGCAGGGUCUCUCGCAGCCUGGCUCCUCAGCAUUACACCGCAGCCUGUCACCCCAGCUGCUCCAACAGAUGCCCAGCGGCAGCCCCAAUGGCAACGUGGUGGUCCGGACCAUGGGGAGGGGGGCGAGGAGCCGGUCUCCCUCCCUCAGCCGGCUGGGGGAGGAGGCCCGACGGGCCGUACCUUCACAGCGCCAGCCCAGUCCCAGCAGUCACAGCGAGGCGGUAGGCACCAGGAGGAAGCUGUACAGCGCAGUUCCCGGGAGACAUUUUGUGGUGGUCCGUCCUUACAUCGCCCAGGCCGAGGGAGAGAUCAACCUCUACAAGAGCGACAGGGUCAAAGUUCUGAGCAUCGGAGAGGGGGGUUUCUGGGAGGGCAGCGCCCGCGGCCAGGUGGGCUGGUUUCCAGCCGACUGCGUGGAGGAGAUCCCGGCCAAGGCCACCGAGGAGAGGAGCUAUUCCCGAGCGGACCGCGCUGACAGACGGAAGCUCUUCAGACACUACACCGUGGGCUCGUACGACAGCUUCGAUGCCUCCAGUGACUGCGUGGUGGACGAGAAGACCGUGGUGCUCCAGAAGAAGGAGAAUGAGGGAUUUGGCUUCGUCCUGCGAGGGGCUAAAGCGGAUACGCCCAUCGAGGAGUUUACUCCCACGCCGGCCUUCCCCGCCCUGCAGUACCUGGAGUCGGUGGACGAGGGAGGAGUGGCAUGGCAGGCGGGGCUCCGGACGGGGGACUUCCUCAUCGAGGUCAACCAGGAGAACGUGGUGAAGGUGGGCCACAGACAGGUGGUCAACAUGAUCCGCCAGGGAGGCAACCGGCUCCUGAUCAAGGUGGUGACGGUGAGCCGGAAUCUGGACCCCGACGACACAGCACGCAAAAAAGCUCCUCCUCCACCAAAGAGAGCCCCCACCACGGCCCUGUCCAUGCGCUCCAAGUCGAUGACCUCUGAACUGGAGGAACUCGUGGAUAAAGCCACUCUAAGGAAAAAGAAAGGUGAUGCGCAGAAGAAGAGGAUUGUUUUCCAAGUCACUCUAAACAAAGUUGAAGAGAUGACGCACGCCCAAAAGACCUCGCCUGUGGAUACGAAGAUCGCCACGAUCAAACCACGCCCAUCCAGUCGCUGUUUGGUUACAGCAGCUGAUAUGAAUUCCAUGUAUCAUGACCGUCAGGGAGUAGCAGUGGUGCCGCCCACUGUGCCGGGGGCUUUCCUGGGGCUACCUGAGAAGAGCACUUUGAAAAAGCAAAAGUCCAUAGGUAAUACGGAGGAUGAGAAACAGGGAUUCCUCACACCUCCCCUACUCAAGUUCUCCCGCAGCCUCUCUAUGCCCGACACCUCAGAGGACAUCCCUCCUCCUCCAGCCAUUUCACCCCCGUCGCCACCUGACUACAACUCAGCCGCUGGCCCUACACCCAAGAACUACGGCACAACACGACCCAGCUUCACCCAGAACUCGCCCAACGCAGUGAAAACCAUCAGCCGAACCACCGACGUCGGUACGUUAAGGCGUGGCUACUUCCGCCAGAGCUCCGAGCAGUUUGAGAGCACACGCACCCGAGGGCGCACGCCAGUGCCGGAGAACCCUUACUCCGAGGUGGGCAAUAAGACACUGUAUGUGCCAGCCAAACCAGCUCGAAGGAAGGGCAUGCUAGUGAAGCAGCCCAACGUUGAGGACAGUCCCGAGAAAACGUGUCGCAUGCCAGCAAGCCCCUCGGGCGCGGUUUCCAUGCCUACUACGCCCGUAGAGCGAACAUGCUCCUCCAUCCCCAUCCCCACCAUCAUCGUUAAGGAGCCCUCCACCAGCAGCAGUGGCAAGAGCAGCCAGGGUAGCAGUAUGGAGAUCGAGCCCACCACCCCUGAACACCCGCCUCUCAUGCCCACCGGUUGUGGUUUGCGUCCUGAAGACCCCAUGUCUCUAAGCAACCCCUUUGCGGCAGCUAUUGCCGGGGCAGUACGGGACCGGGAGAAGAGGCUAGAGGCAAAAAAGCACUCCAUUGCCUUCCAGUCAAUAGACAUGGGGGAUGAUGAGUUCAGUAGUCCCACACCAACCCCUCGCCUUCGCCAGUCAAAGUCCAUUGAUGAAGGCAUGUUCAGUAGCGACGAGCGGCUUCGAAGAAUAUUGGGUCCCCCUCCCGCAGCACAGCUUGGGCCGCCUGUCGGGGGCGGUAGUGGCAACAUGACAGAUUUCAACACUCCUGAGCCCACAGUGGUACGAGAGCCUCUAAACACCAGAACAGGCCAGUGUCAAAACCUGGACAGUCCCAUUAGUCUCCCAGCCACUCCUCCUAAGAGCCACUACAGGGCCAAUGGGACCUACCUCCAUCCUGUCACCGGCAAGCCCUUGGACCCUAAUUCUCCACUCGCUCUGGCCCUGGCAGCUCGUGACCGCGCGAUGAAGGAGCAACAAAACCAUCCUCAGAAUCAGCCACCAAAUCCUCCUCAGGUUCAGCAAACACCCAAGCACGAACCCCAGUCCCUCCCAACACAGCCAAGUCACAAACCGGACCUCAACCAACCGCUGUUUAUUGACACCAAACUACGCUCCGGCAUCGAGACGAGUUUUGCUGCGAUCUCAACGGCGACCAUGGGGCGGCCCGGCCGAGGCGGUCUGCGGAGGCAGAUGACGGAGCAGAAGUACGAGUCCGAUGGGGCGCGGGAAGAACGGCAGCAUCAGGCAGCUGAGGAGAGGAAAAGUGCGCCGGCGGAUGUGGCGGACACGUCGCCACCCAAGUCAACCGGGCUGUUGAUGGUCCACACCAGCAACGAAGCGAGCAACAAGGUGAACAACCAAGAGGUGGAGGGGCAGGACAGCAACAGGCCGUCUGAGCUGAAGGACCCCAACCAACCCGAUCCUCUAAACGCUACAACACUGUCCGCCAAUCCCCAGCCACCCUCAUCACACAGGAGGAGCAUUCCCUUAGGGGAGUCUUUGGAUGAACCAGUAAAGCUGCCCUUCCGCAUCCCCCCUCCUCCUCUCGCCUCAGUUGACAUUGAUGACGAUUUUGACUUCACAGAGCCCCUCCCCCCACCGCUGGAGUUUGCCAACAGUAUUGACAUUCCUGAUGAUCAGGCUAGUGCCAUUGCAGAGAUGCUUCAGCAACAGAGACGGAACGGGGGACCUGCUCUACCCCCGUACCACGCUCACGCCCCACCGCCUGUCACCGAUCAACACAAACGGGUGGCGAACAGCAUGCCCCCCUCAUAUCCUCCUCCUCCACCCGACUCAGAGUCGGGGGUGGGUGACUCGGGCAUCGAAGAGGUAGACAGCCGCAGUAGCGGGGAUCCUCAGCACAUGGAGACCACCAGCACCGUUUCCAGCAUCUCCACGCUGUCGUCGGAGGGAGGCUUCUGCGACAGCGCUCUGGAGAGCCUCUACGCCACCGCAGACGGGCACGCCUACCUGGUGGAUCGGCCCCCCGUGCCACCCAAACCCAAGGGCAAGUCCGUCAUCAACAGAACAUCGCUUUAUCACGACGCUCUCAUCGAAGAGCCCCCAGAGUCCUACGGGUCUCCGCCUCAGGCCCCUCCCCCUCCCCCUUCAUCCUCUGAAUCUCCUAGGACUCCUACUCAAAGGACAUCCAAGCUGUGGGGCGAUCAGCCCCCCGAGCUGCGCAGCCCCCCAUCCACACCGGACUCCAAGAACACCGUUAUCACCGAGCUGAGCUCCAUUCUGCAGCAAAUGAAUCGCGACAGGCCACCCAAGCCGGGAGAAAGCCUGGACUCCCCCACGGGGACCAGGGGGGGCUUCGGAACAAGGCCGCCCACAGACGACUCAGGAAUGCGUAACAACGCCGCCGCUGCUGCCCUCACCUCCACCCCUCCCAGCAGCCUCCCAUCCCAGACGCACCCCUGCAGCCCGCCAGACUCCGGCUCCUCCCUCACCCCCUGCUCCUCACUGCCGCCCUCCGUGUCGCCCACUCUCACUGACGUCUUCGGCCUGCCCACCCCGCCCAUGGGCAGCGGCGGCGGUUACAGCCUGAGCUCCUCGUGCGGCGGCAGCGGGAGCUCGCGUUCCCCGUCGCCGCUCACGCUGAUGCAGGCGGUGGCGGCCUCAGGAAAGCCCUUUGCCUCCAAACCCAUGGAGCUGUGGAGCAAGCUCGACGUGGCGGACUGGCUGGAGAGUCUCAACUUGGGGGAGCACAGGGACGCCUUCCUGGACAAUGAGAUCGAGGGCGCCCACCUGCCGUCGCUGCAAAAAGAGGACCUGAUAGACCUGGGCGUGACGAGGGUGGGCCACCGCAUGAACAUCGAGAGGGCCCUCAAGCUGCUGCAGGACAGAUAAGCCCUGAGGAGACGGGGUGGCGACGUGCGGAGUCAGGGGCCGAGGAGAGGGAGGUGUCACCGAUCACUUUUACCAAUCUCUUCAUCAGACAUAAUCGUUGAACUGGGUAGGAGUUUUGUCCAAGCUGAUGCUGCCUCUUGCUGUUUCUGUCCUCUCUCAUCCUCCGCCGCCCUCAUCUCAGCGCUCCGGUCUUGUCCGCCCUCUUCUUCCUUCCCACCGCCCUGAGCAUCAGGGGAUCAUGGGAUGUCGGGCGGAACUGCAGGAGGGAGAGAGAAGAGAAUAGCUGCUAUGUCACAUCAAGGAGAGCGAAAGCAGAGGAGGCCAGUACGAAGGACCGACCAGAAAACAAAAAAACUCUGGAAUAGUGUGUACUCAAACGCUGGGAAAAUACUCGUCUGGAGGUUUAUUUCACAUAAAGACUCGUGCUCACCCAACUGCUUUGGAAUACUAAAGACUUUUUCCAUACACCCCGGUGUGGGUGCAUGAAAAACCAGCUGAGCUGGUCGUUGCUCCUUUUCUAUCUUUGCUAGAGUUUGUUCAGAGAAUAAUAUUUCUUCACUAGAGUCCUACCGGAGUUAUAUUUCUGGGUGCAUCUAAGGUUGUAGAGAAAAUUUGAGAUAGACUCCAUUUUUUUUUUUGCUUUUCACCUGUUUGUGUCAAAAUAAGAACAUUAGCUGAUAAAUAAAUACUAAACCAUAUCUCGUGUCCACUCACACACACACACACACACACACACACACACACACACACACACACAUACACACACACUUUAUGCACAGUACCACACACUGACAAACGAGAACACACACUGUCUUCACACCCGAAGCAUGUACACACACACCGUUACUGCGAUGGCCUUCUUCUCCUGAGAGAGAGCAAAGCGUGGAGAGAGGUGGUCACCAGAGGAGGAGCUCCGCUGUAGCAGGGGCCCCCGGGGGCCCCUCGCCAGUCUACACCCGCCCCGGUGUCCACCUCAUCAUACAAGGAAAACCGAGGGGAGGACACGAGGUACAAGACGGACGGACAAACGUUGGACCAGAAUAAUUCUCACCUUGAAAUGGGUUUUACCAGCUUGUCUGUCUGUGAAGGGCGUCCUGGUGCCUCUUGGCUUUUCCUUCUAGUAUUGUGCGUAUGUGUGUGUGUGUGUGUGUGUGUGUGUGUGUGUGUCACUGGUUGACCCAAAAUAUCAUUAAGGCCAGUUUAGCUAACUCCAUGGAUCCGCUAUAUAGGCCACAGUAUAGGGAAACUAGAGCUGUUCUUUACUUUUCUACUUCAUUCUGUCAAAUCUCCUUCCACUUCACGGUUAGCAGGUCAACACUAGGCGUUCAUGUGGCCCCGCGGUAAUGCUAACGUAUCAAACACCCUGCGUGUACGUGGUAGAAGUUGAGUUUUUUUUUAAGAGAGAGCAUUUAAAGGAACAGUUCGAUAUCUUUUGGAAAUGGGCUUAUUUGCUUUCUUGCCGUGAGUUAGACGGAGGAGAUUGAUUCCACUCUCGUGUCCGUACUCUAAAUAUGAAGCAGGAGACGAUUAGCUUAGCAUAAAGACUGAAAGCAGGGGUCAACAGCUGGCCUGGCUCUUUACAAGGUUUUCUUUUUAAAUGAGUGAGAUGUCUCGACAACUAUUGGAUUGAUACCAUGAAAUUUGGUUCAGAAAUUCAUGGAUGAAUUACAAUAGAGAGGCGAAGUCCAACCCCUUUCCGGUGGACCACCACGGGACCUUAUUUAGAAAAAGCGUAUGAACGGUAAUCAACGGAGAGACGAAUAUUUAUUUGAUCUUAUUUGAAUUUUGCCAUGAAUCACACAUAUGAUGUUUGUCAAUUUAGAACAUCAUUUUGCACGUCCAGAAAGUCUCAGUUUGUCGUAGCGCCAUUUAGUUUUGUGUGAAACCGCUCAGUGAACUACAUCUCUCGAUUCGCACAAUGAACAUCAUCAACACGAGCCAGCUAGCUAACGUAGCUAUGUUCCACGCACACAUGAAACGUUAUCUGACCUGAUGUGUUUUAUUCAGCGACUCCUGGUCUUUUUAUCAGGAGUCGCACACACCGGCAUCGUAGCUUCGGAGAGAGAGACGUCACUUACGUACGUGACUUUUGGGUGUGUCGUCUUUCUAAUGACGUAUCUUCACAGUCUGAUACCUCAACAGUUAUACAACAAACUGAGACUUUCUUAACUUGCAAAAUUAUCUUUUAAAUUGACAAACAUCAUAUGUGUUAUCAUGGUGUAAUUCAAACGGGAUCAACAAAAAUAUUUGUCUCGUUGACUACCGUUCAUAUUUUUUCCGAAAUAAGGUCCCAUGGUGGUCCACUGGAAGGGGCGGGGCUUCACCUCUGUGGGAUGGAUUACCGUGAAGUUCGGGCCAGAUGUUCAUGCCCCCCCUCAGGAUGAAUUGCAAUAACUUUGGUGCUCCCACAACUUUUCCUCUAGCGCCAUCAAGAGGUCAAAAAUGUAAUUUUUCAACAAAAUAUCUGCUAAACUAAUGUGUUGUCAACGUGAGCAUGUUAGAAUACUGAUGUUAGCAUUUAGCUCAAAGCACAACUGUGACUAGAACAGACUCGCAGAGCCGUUAGCAUAGCUGGAGACUCUCAUUUACACAUCGGACAGAGCCAACAAAGCUGUUUCCAGACUUUAUGCUAAGCUAAGCUAAUCUAAUCUUCUCCUAGCUGUAGCUUCACCUGAGAGGGAUAUCAAUCUCUUCAUCCAAACUCUCACCAAGAAAAUGAAAAAGCCUAUUUUCCAAAGUGUCGAACUAUUGAAGUCUGUCGUUCGAUAGCAUUUUAUUGACUUUGAAUCCAGUGUCAAAUCCUUUUUGGAGGCCUUUUUUAGCUUUCAACAAUUUUAAAUAACACAAGUUAUAAUAAGCAACCUAAAAUUUAAGAACUCAUGGGUUGACAUUUAAAGAGCUAAAACUCCAGUUUUACCAGAGAAAUGACGUGUUUUCUAUAUAGCUAAAUUAACAUUUUGUACAUUGUUCUUUGUUAAUAAAAAAAAAGAGCGAGGAGAUUUAAGACUCAAUAAGAGAUUCGUUAGCAUUAAGUUAACUCGAGUCCAACCAGAUCCCAAAUGAACCAAACGGCGUCCCAAACUGGAGCAGCUGUUUAGAGGUACAAGCCUGUGAUUUUGGAAGAGAGAGUCAAGGGAAAAUACUGUUUUAGACCGAAACAGCCUUCAGUAGAGUGUUUUCUUCUCGUGAAGAAGGCUGGAGACGCAACACCGCGUUAACAUGGUUGUUGCAGACUAACUGGCAGCCCCCUACAGAGAUCUUUUCUUAUCAGCAGGUUCAUUCUUUGUAGAGCGACUUCCGCCAGAUGACGUGAAAUCUCGCCGAACCGUUGGCUUUUAGAGCAGCUGGAGAUUCUGUGGCUUCAGGGCUUUAUGUUGAAUUACGUGUUUCACGUAAAUCCACAUCAUGCCUUGUCCUGCCCUCGAACCACUGUGCAAAACAAACAACCAGAGAACAACCUGACAGAGCCGGCAGAUGUUCAUCAGCGUGAGCCCUGUGUGAGAUUAGAAAGGGAUAGAAAGCAUUUCUGAUCUGUUGCAGAUGAACUUCAGUCUCUGUUAACUAGACCGGACUAUAAGCUUCUCCAAGUCCCGUAUUAUUAUCAUCCAGUCUCACUUGCAGCUCCUGCAGUAGAGACUGGGAUUUUAAACUUUAUUAUAAGGGGUCCAAUUUCAAACUAAAAUCAGCAUUUAUAAAGCUGGAAAUGUGUGUGUUUGCUAGCAAUGAGUACAGGCUGGUCAGAAGUAGAAGUGCAGUAUGUGUUGAAACGUGUAUAUAAGAGUGUUUAACAGGAUAAAAAAUGUCUAUUUGAUUAUAUGUAUAGCUCUAUUAAAAGGUUUAGAGGAAAAAUUCUAUUGAUUUAUAGUUGCCAGAGCUGACCUGACGACCACAGCAGUGGUCUCAUUCGCCCCAUCAUCCUGCAGAGGAUGCCUUAAAUAGCUCACAGUUCCCUUCCUCCACUAUAUACCUGCACCACUGUCGGUUGUAUAGCUCUAUAAAGAAAAAAAGGAGCUUGUGUUUUACCUCAAAGUAGAUUCUUUCAGAGCACACCUCUCGUGUGGUUUCGAUAUGUGCUCGACAGUAACCCAACGUCUGAAAUAUAUAUCGUUUUUAGAACGCCCUCAUUUGGUUUCAUAUCACACUCCGCAGCUUCAUGCAGCUUUCGAGGAGACAAAAUGAAACAUACACAAGCUCUGUGUUCUGUGAACAUUAGCCGUAUAUAUACGGAGGCUGGCACGGGACAAUGCUGCUAUAAUCCUGUUCCUGUUUGAACAUGUAACUUAUUUUAAAAGCAAACAGCGACGUGUCGGAGGAGGUAGAAAAGCACAGUAUUUUUAAAAGAUUUGUAUAGAGUUCUAUGAAAUUUUAUAGAGGUUAUAAGAACAAAAAACUGUUCAACACUGACGCGUGGAUUGCCAAAAAACAAAAUACUACAUAUAAAAAGAUAUUAUUAGACUUAUGGGUUAUGUAAGAAGCAAUAUUUAUUCUGAAUGAAUCUCCUUGGUUGUGUUUGAUUUUUUCCCAUUUUAAAAGUUACAUAUCAUGAAGCGAUCACUUGUCAGUGUUUUAAUGAAGUGUUGCCUAAAGUAGAUAGACUCUCUACUGCUGUAGAGAUAUUUUGGCCAAUCAAGUGACCACAAAAACCCAGGUAUCUUCUGACGACCACCAUCUGCCUGACCAGACUUCUCUCAUCCUCUGAAACCCCCUCAAUCUAGAGUGUGUGUAUAAAAAGAGCAAAAAUGUGUACAUUUAAAAAAAAUAUAUAUAUAGGCCAUCUUGGUAGGAAACUAUAUGAAAUCUAUAUAUAUGUAUACAUACAUAAAAUCCACCAAAAAGAUUAGUGGUGGCUGUUGAAUUCCUUUAUGUGGAUCAACAUUGUCACUAAGCCGUUUUCUCUGUGGAAAUGUAGAGCUGAGUAGAUGUAGUAGGAAUCUUUAAAGAGCAUCACCGUGGUGUGGCGCUUCACCAGGCCAUGUUUUAGGACAGGCAUGGCUCACUAACCCACAUCCACUCCCCCUUCAAAACACUGCUCCCACCUUUAUCAUCGUCCAACAUUUGGGUAACUGUUUUCUUUUUUUUCUUUCUUAAAUAAUAAUUAUUAUUUUUUUUUCAUUAAUAGAUUUUAUUCUUUGAUUAAGUCUUCAUAGAGGCUAAGAUGUUUUCAGUAAUUUGUGCAAAAGACUUGUGUUCAUGUUUUCUAUGUUGCUGUAAUUUUGUGCUACUGAAUCAUCAUAGAGUCAACUAAUUACUGAAAUGAAAAGAGAAGAGAGAAUUUUCCUGUAACUGCACUCUUGCCGUCCCCCCUGCCCCCCUCAAAUCCUCGAGACUUCUUGUAUGGCAACCAAAAUUCACUGUAAGAAAUAAAUAUAAUAUUGCACUAG